GAAGGCACUCAACUGUUAUGGUCAGGCCACCCCGCUCCUAUCGAUAAAGCUCAACUCGCUCCACGCUUAGCUACUGAGGGGUAACCCGUCAAUCUCUCUCACCUCAGGAUUUCGUGCCUGUAAUCUUAUCUGAUCGAUCUGACAUCACCUCGCAUCAAGUACUAUCGACACUUCACGAUUCCACUUUCUAGCUUGGUGAGAAACACGAUGAGGAUGGCGCAUGCGGGUACUGCACACAAGUACUCUGAGAGGCUCAUUGCUUUCGAACACGCUGGUGCACACUCGAAGAAUACAGAUCAGGCUGCGAAUACGCUGUUGUGGAUUGGCGGAUUGGGCGAUGGGUUGUUGACUGUGCAAUACCCAUCCACCAUCGCCACCUCCUUGCCCCCCUCCUGGUCCAUCUCGGAAGUCCUCCUCUCCUCCUCCUACCGAGGCUGGGCCACUUCGUCUUUGCAAAAAGACGCUCGCGAACUCGCGCAAUGCGUUGAGUAUUUCCAGAGUGCGAGACCGGGAAAGAAGAUUGUGCUCAUGGGGCAUUCGACCGGGUGUCAAGAUGUCAUGGAGUAUCUUCUUGGGCGUGGACAUGAGGAGCGACCGAAGAUCAACGGCGCGAUUCUCCAAGGUGGCUUGAGUGACAGGGAGGCCUGGGACUUCCUACUUGAGAGUAAGGAAGAGAAGGACUCCUGUGCUGCUGUGCUCGUCGAAGCGCAGCGGCUGAUCAAAGAGGGGAAAGAAAGAGAGAUCGUGUACAGAGAAGGCAACAUCGUGCAGAAAGAACUCGGCGCCGCCAUCUCAGCGUACCGUACAAACUCGUUGCUGGCAAAGGGCGGAGACGAUGACUACUUCUCCACCGACCUAGACGACUCGACGCUUAGAAACUCAUUCGGUCGCAUUCCAUCGUCCGUCCCAAUUAUGUUCCUCCUAGGCAGCGAAGAUCCAUUCAUGCACAAAAACACCGACAAGCCCGCCCUAUUAAGUCGAUGGGCAGGCUUUGUCAAGGAAGGGGGUGGAAAGGUGGAUGAAAGUAAUGGAGGGGUCGUUGAGGGCGGCCACCAUAAUCUCAAUGGUGACCCGGAAGAGGUUGUGGGUGAUUUGGUCAAACGUGUGGUGGGGUUUGUUGAAGGGUUGGGGCAAGGUGGAGAAGGCUUGGAGUCGAGGCUUUGACUAGAUGCUGUGGGGCGAUAGAAGGGAGUGGAAACAGUGACGAAGGGGGUUGUUCCGGUUGUGCUGGUCUAAGUGAGCGUCUAGAUGCGUGUGUGAGGAAAAUAUCUAGAAAGCUCGACGUCUAGAAUGUUCUGACAUCUUGUUCCAGGGUAUGUUUUCCUCAAUUUGACUUUGGUUUGGCAUGUGGCCUUUGCGUAGAUUCAGGAUUUCCG